UCCAGACUCAGCGCGCAACCCAUCAACCUGAUCUGAAGAUCGAAAAUAGGAGGGCUUAUAGUAAUCAGCCCUUCAGACUCCCAUGACAAGGAAAAGUGUGGCGACGUCGUGGGAGCGCUCGGCAGACACAGCAGGACGCGCAGUGGCACUGCGCUCACAGCACAUAACCAAGCACACAACGCACCGAGAGGCGGAGAGCGGCGGGCACGGCAGCAGUAUCCCGUGACCGAUGUAUUUUUUAGCUAAAUUCAGGCGCUCUGGAGACUGACAACAACGAGACAAAGAAAGAAACGGGACAGGGAAUAAAGCGCUUUUUCGGAGGGAUUUCAGUGCCGUUGUGCCCUCGUCUUCUCCGGAUGAUCAGAAAUGGGGGAAUGGACUAUACUAGAGAGGCUCCUGGAGGCUGCUGUCCAGCAGCACUCUACUAUGAUAGGAAGGAUCCUACUAACAGUGGUGGUCAUCUUCCGGAUUCUUAUCGUAGCAAUAGUUGGAGAGACUGUCUAUGAUGACGAGCAAACCAUGUUUGUUUGUAACACCUUACAACCGGGCUGCAACCAGGCAUGCUACGACAAGGCAUUUCCCAUUUCACACAUUAGAUAUUGGGUUUUUCAAAUCAUCAUGGUAUGCACUCCGAGCCUUUGUUUUAUCACAUACUCGGUGCAUCAGUCAGCCAAGCAAAAGGAGCGACGGUACUCAACAGUCUAUUUAACACUGGAUAAGGAUCAAGAUUCAAUGAAACGAGACGAGAGCAAAAAGAUUAAAAACACCAUUGUUAAUGGAGUACUUCAGAACACAGAAAACUCCACCAAAGAAGCCGAGCCGGACUGUUUGGAAGUCAAAGAGAUCCCUAAUUCGGCCAUGAGAACUACUAAGUCCAAAAUGAGGCGACAAGAGGGCAUCUCCAGAUUUUACAUCAUUCAAGUGGUUUUCAGAAACGCGCUGGAAAUAGGUUUUUUGGUGGGUCAAUAUUUCUUGUAUGGAUUCAACGUCCCGUCAGUGUACGAAUGUGAUCGAUACCCCUGCAUAAAAGAUGUCGAAUGCUAUGUGUCCAGACCCACGGAGAAGACUGUGUUCCUGGUUUUCAUGUUUGCGGUCAGUGGGUUUUGUGUAGUGUUGAACCUGGCAGAACUCAAUCAUUUGGGCUGGAGAAAAAUCAAAACGGCCGUGCGAGGUGUGCAGGCUCGGCGGAAGUCCAUUUAUGAAAUCAGAAAUAAGGACUUGCCAAGAAUGAGUGUGCCUAAUUUUGGCCGCACUCAGUCCAGUGACUCUGCUUAUGUGUAACACAUGGGGGGGAGUCAGAGAUGAAAAGAUUGAAAAACCAUGAUGGACAUGAGGGACAGCUCCGCACGCCUAAUUCGUGUUAUGACUUAAGAGUGGGCAGAUUUUGUUGAUUUGUUUGUCUUUUAAGGACUUCAUGGCAAGCGUGGAUUACACGUUUGUUUACUUAUUUAUUAUUGCACUGAUGCAACUUUUUAGUAACGUUUAUACUCUGUAAGAUGCUAAAUGGAGACCAUGUUAACGUGUUCACAUAUUUACUCUUUGUGGGCUGUUCUGCUGUACUUGAAAAGAGUAAAUGCAAAUUGCACUAAGAGGUGAACACUUGAGAGCCAAACCUUACCCAAUAUGUGCUACUGACGGUGUUUUUAAAACAUUUUUUCCCCACCAAUUUUUGACACCAACGUUUAAGUGACACCAUAAUACAAUGGUUGAGGGAAAAAUCCAUUCAGAUUUAUAUAUGCAUAGAUAUAUAAAUCAGUUAUGAUUAUGAAUCAACCUAGUUGAAAUACAUCAGCGCCAUUCAUGUUUUUGUUGCCUGUGUUGCACCACUGACCUUAACAUAUGUAACCAUUCCAUUGCUUUAUAGCUGACUUGCAAAACAGUAUCUGGUGGAUUUGCUGCAAACGCUAACGUCUGUGACUUCCUUAAUUUAUAACACACCAAAGCGCCCACUGCUUUCAUUUGUGAAGUGUUUUCUUGCUUUUGUGUAAUCAAGUGCCAUACUUGUAUAUAAACAUAAUAUAUAUGUAUACAUAUAAAUAUAUAAAUAUAUAAUAUUCAUCAUGAAAGCUAAUUCCCUGCUUGGAUUAUGCUAAAUGCCGCCCAGUUUUUAUUUGCUUCAAAUGUAUUUGUUGUGAUUUAAAUGAAAAAGGAUAUACAGUUUUCUCCAUUUUAUUUUGCAAAUGACUGGAAAAGAAAUUAAGUGCUAGUCUUUUUUUAUAAACUGGAAGGAAAUGUCUCUCCCCAAUCAAAGCUGAUCAAAACUAAAAAAAAUAAAAAAAUAAAAAAAUAGCACAAAUUGACAUUUUUAUCAAAGAAUGGGCAAUAGAAAUCUGCUCUGGUGCUACAGUUUUUCAUAGAAUGGUUUUAAAUGUAACCAAAACAGACCAGAAAAAACAAACAUCAUUUUUCUGUCUAAAAUAAAAGUGGGAUUCAUGUACACCA